AUGCGUGCGAGUUUCGGAACUAAAGACAAUUUGGGCCGUCUCGCCAAAUUGGCCACUACUGACCGCCAUCCGCUCGAAGGCUAUCCCGAAAAUUACCAUGCGGACUCGCCUAGUCCUGAAGAUCCUGCGGCUCGUCCGGGCGUGACACUAGGCAGCCGUCCUUCCUCCAGCAGUCUUACUGAGUCGGACUCGAAAUUAGGCAAACUCCAGCAAGAAAUCUCCGAAUUGACCGGCCGUGUCUCUCGGUUGCGGUCGCAGGCCCAUUCUACAGAGCUGCCAGAGAAAAAUACGGCGGAAUUGGAUUCUGUGCGUGUGCAAACAGCUUAUGCUAAGUUGGCGGCAGAAAUGGCUGCCCGUGAACGGCACCGCAAGAGGGCUGACGGCAGAUACAGAUCCAGCUUUGCCGAUGUCACGGCAGUACCUGUUGCGGCCACGAUUUUCGACGCUCCAUACUUCAAAAACUCCGACUUCUAUGGCUUUUACAUUUUGUUUUGGAUCGCCGUGGGCUUCAGCAUCUUGCGCAACCUCUGCCAUACAUGGCUCAACCAGUCCCUUUCCUUCUACAACGCGCCUGUGCUCUCUAUUUUUUUGUCGGGACUCCCCAAGAUCGCCGUCACAGACUUGGUGAUGUACUUGAGCACGUAUGGAACUUUUUUCAUUCAGUAUGCCUGUCGCCACGGCUGGAUCUCGUGGCAGCUGUCUGGCUGGAUAAUACAAUCCUUGUAUGAAGUUGUCUUUUCGCUGUUUUGGAUUUACUUUGUUGCUGCGCAUGUGGUUCGGGACCAAUGGAUCGGCCGUGUAUUUUUAGUGCUCCAUCUGUUGGUGCUUUUGAUGAAAAUCCACUCGUAUGCGUUUUAUAAUGGCUACCUUUGGGGCAUUUUGACCGAGUUGCAGCUUUCUGAAGAGUACCUAAAGCGUCUUGGUUCCGAGUCUCUUGCGAUCCCGGAAGGUUAUUCUGUCGAUAACAUGCGGGAGCUUCUUUUGAACAGUAUCGCCUUCUGCAAAUACGAGUUGCUUCACCAAUCACACCAUAUUACGAAAGCACAAGACAAAGAUGUCACAGAGAAACUGUCUGCUGAGCUUUGUGAGUCCUUGCUCAAAUUCCCAAAGAACAUCAGCUUGAAGAACUACUUUGAGUACACCAUGUAUCCAACAGUGGUGUACGAGCUUGUGUAUAUCCGCACUAAAAACAUCCGCUGGUUCUAUUUGGCGGAAAAAGUUUGUGCAGUGAUUGGCGUUGUUUCGGUGAUGUUGAUUGUUGCCGAGCUGGGAAUCAAUCCUUUGGUUGUUAAAUGUAAUGCUGCCCGUGGAGUUAAUUUGUCAGCAGGCGAGCGCUUCAAAUUGUACUGUCUUGUUCUCAUCGACAUGAUUCCUCCAUUUGCUACAGAGUACUUGCUUGUGUUUUACUUGAUUUGGGACACAAUCUUGAACGGUAUUGCCGAGUUGAGUUAUUAUGCUGAUCGUGACUUCUAUGGACCCUGGUGGUCUUGCACUGACUGGUCUGAGUUUGCCCGUAUUUGGAACAAACCUGUGCACCGUUUCCUUCUUCGCCAUGUGUACCAUUCGUCGAUCAGUGCCCUUUCGCUUACCAAGCUUCAGGCCACACUAAUGACUUUCUGGAUCUCGGCAAUAGUGCACGAGCUUGUGAUGUACUUGAUUUUUAACCGUGUUCGUGGCUAUCUCUUGAUUUUCCAGAUGGCGCAGAUUCCUCUUGUGAUCAUUAGUCGGACACUGUUCAUGCGUCAUCGCAAGAUUCUUGGGAAUGUGAUAUGCUGGUUUGGUUUUGUAGCUGGACCACCAAUCAUUUGUACGCUCUACUUGGUGUACUAA